AUGGAGAUGAAUUUACAUCCGCGCAGUCCUCCCUCAAGGUCCUCGACCAAAGGCGGAUAUCCAAGCAAACGCGCCCGACAUACCUCGCCCGAGCAGACAAUCACCGGUACAUCGACUAUUGGCAGCCCGCCGACGGUGGAGGAUGUCGACACCCCAGGCGCAACGGCGUCGGUGAUAGAUGGAGGCAGCGGGGGCGGCAGUGGAACAGGAAAGGCCACGGUCAGCAGCAACUUCAGGAACGUGAGCGCCUGCAAUAGGUGUCGAUUGAGGAAAAACCGCUGUGAUCAACAGCUGCCGAGCUGUGCGAGCUGUGAGAAGGCUGGGACGAGGUGUGUGGGGUAUGAUCCUAUCACAAAAAGGGAGAUUCCUAGGAGUUAUGUCUUCUACCUUGAGGCAAGAAUCGGAUACCUAGAGAAGGUCCUUCAAGAUAGCAAUAUCCCAUUCGCGGCCGCCGACGUCCUCAACCAUGGCGUAAAACCUGCCCCCGAUCCGAGUAUCAUCCAGACACCGAGCGAUGAUGGCCGUCGAGCAUCAUAUAAUGGCCACGAUACCUCGACCAUUUCUCAUAAAGAUUCGCCGCAUAAUAUUGCUGGGACGAAGAAGGAGGAGGAGUCGGAAAAGCUGGACAAGCUGGAGAAGCUUAUCUCGAAUGUUGGAGGUGUGUCUGCACAGGGUGCUUCAGAUUCACGGUAUUUAGGUUCUGCGUCGGGCAUCUCGUUCGCCCGGGUAGUCUUCGCUGCAGUUAAGUCCUCAGUCUCCGGCACGGGUAGUGAUAAGAGCGGAACAAAACCCUCACGGCUACCUGUGAGUAAUAAGGGUACGGCUGCAGGAGGAACGUCGAUGAGGGAUUCAUUCUUCGGGUUACACACAAAACCCACUAUUAAACAAGCUCCGUUCCCUUCAAAAGAUCUUGGAAGACGACUGGUCGAGUUUUACUUUGAAUAUGCCAAUCCCCAGAUACCCAUUUUGCACCGGGGCGAAUUCAUGAAGAUGUUCGAACUGGCGUACACCGAUGUUGAUUCGAGGGUGAGGACGCCGAGGGAGCUGUACAUGUUGAAUAUAGUCUUUGCAAUUGGUUCUGGGAUAUUCUUGGAGGAUUCUGGCAGUCGGGAGACGAAGCAUGAAGGAAAUGAGGAGAGGAAGAACCACGGGCUAGGGAGGCAAUGUCAACCAGAAGAGUAUCACGCUUCUGCCAUUGUGCACUUGGAGGAGUGUCUUAGCUCACCAGCCACAGUGGACAGACCAGAUGGCUUUGGAGGGGGUCUGGAAGAGUUACAGGCAGUCCUGCUACUGGCUGGGUUUGCACUGCUACGACCUGUUGCCCCGGGAUUAUGGUAUAUCAUUGGUGUCGCCGUCCGGCUGGCUGUGGACCUCGGGUUACAUUAUGAAGAUGGAAAAGAUGUCGAUGACGGGCUCGAAGAAGGGCUGUCUGGAGACAUGAAGGGUGAUAGUAGUGAUAGUAUACAGCAACAAAAGGAACGGGCCACCCGGCAACGAGGACGUCGAGAAUGGGUCCGGGAUUUCAGAAGGCGGUUGUGGUGGUGCACGUACUCACUCGAUCGAUUAGUAUCAACCUGCGUUGGUCGCCCAUUUGGUAUCACCGACCAAGUGGUUACCACUGAAUUCCCAUCUCUCCUAGAUGAUAAGUAUAUCACUCCAGCAGGGUUCCAGCAACCUCCAGGAGGCGCCGCGGAGCCUUCAUACAAACGAGCGGCUCACCACUACUUCAGGCUGAGGUUAUUACAAUCCGAGAUCCUACAGGUACUACAACAUCAACAAGCCCAGCAAGCUCGUGCUGGGGGUGCAAACCGGCGAAAUCCUUACAUGCAUACCUCGUUGCCCUCUCCAUUCCUUUCCAAGUUCGAUAGUUUCCGAUCUUGGCGUAUCGAUAUCGACAAGCGCCUAUGGGAAUGGAAGAGUUCUGCGCCUACGAAACGGGAAACGGGCGUUGCAUUCUCUGUCGAGUUCCUCGAGCUAAAUUACUGGCAAUGUGUAAUCAUGCUCUACAGACAGAGUUUGAGUGUGCCACCAAUGUUCGAAGGAGAAUUCAGUACGAGUGACGAGGUUAACAGUCCUCCAAUGUAUAAUGUUGAGCUCCGAGAAGACCAGGAGAGAGUUUUCUUGAAAGUUGCGGAGGCUGGGCAAAGAGUCUUGAGGCUGUACCGGCAGUUGCAUCGUGUGCAUCUAGUCAACUACACAUUUUUGGCGACGCAUCACUUGUUCAUGGCUGGUAUCUCAUUUCUCUAUGCGAUUUGGCACUCGCCGAUUGUGAGGAGCCGAUUAACAAUGGAUGAAGUCGACUUCACCAUUCUAGCUGCAACUUCCGUUCUCGGGGAUCUCAUCGAAAAAUGUCCUCCGGCAGAAGCAUGUAGGGACGCGUUCGACCGAAUGUCUAAAGCCACAGUCCAAAUGUGCAUGUCGACAACUGGAUUCAGCACCUCUACCCGAGGUCUAAACUCUCGGGAGCGACGGCCAUCCCACCACCAACGUCCUCAACCACUAGACGCAAAUGGCUCCCAAGUCCGUCAUCCACGGCCAAUACCCCCAUUCGAUAUGGGCCUAAAUGACCUUUUAGAUCCCACUUUAACUUCGCAGAAAUCUGCCAUGCAAACACCAUCGAGUCAUUUCCCCGCCACUUCUCAGAAUAACAUUACAAAAGGGAUAAAAGCCGAGUUCGAUCCAUACAGUGCCUCAGCAACGCCAUCUACGACAACCAGUAUGAUGCGUCAAAAUAUAAACCAAGCUCAAUCACAAUCCCAAUCCCAAUCGGGGCCCCAGACAGCAAUGCAAUCACCCUCCAACUACGCCGUCUCCCCACCACUCUCUUCUCUAGACACCUCUGCUAUCGACCCAUCACUGCUCCCCUCCCCUCAAUCAGCAUACAACAAUCCCUCUACCUCAACAGACCAAUAUAGCUAUCAAGAUCCUCAGUUCCCGUUUCCCAACGCGCAAGGCAUGGAUUUCCUCCAGGGCAACGGAUGGGAUGUUCCAGGCGCGGACGGCAAUGACGAGACGUUGAACAGUUGGGCGGGAGAUUUAGGUAUGGGAUUGGGCUGGGAUGGGAUGGACCAUGAUUUUAGUGAAGGGGGAAAUGUGGAUUUAUUUGAUGGGUUUUUCUUUGGCGGAGCUGGAACUACUUAG